UUUUGAAAAACGAAAAAGUCGCGCUAUAUUUUCAUAAUUUUCCUUUCAUCGGCAACAAACAGUAAAUAAGCAAAGCCAAUUUAUUCAACAAAGAAACAAAUUGAUCAUGGGCGCUAAACAAACGAAAAUUGAGGGCACUUAUUUGCCAGAGACACCUAUAGUUCCAACUGGGUCAUCAUGUGUGCCGAUUGUCAUGGAAAAUACAUUUGAAUAUGAGGAAAUUAAUGAUGUACAGGAUCCACGUUCCCCAAAUAUGUGCAGAACACCUAUCAGUAUUUUUUCGACGAAAAAUCAAACCACCGUCGGUUUACAAAAUGUUGAAGUGAAUCGUGAUUCCGAGAGUGCAGUUGCACAACUGCGUAAAAGAAUCUUCAAAGGAUUUUCCUACAACCUAAACGAUCCACGUUCACCUGGUUACCAAUUCAAUCGUACGCCGAUAUCAUUUGACGACUCGCAAGAUAAAAUUUUAAACCUAGAUGAUACAUUUGCUGAUUUAUUUGCCGGCACUCAACCACAACCGAUCACAUCGGAGGACCUAAAAUUGAAACCUAGCAUAGAACUGCCUUCAAAUAAAAAUGCAGAAGAAAUUGUAUCCGCAGAAGAAUUCAUUAAUGCGAUUGAUAAAAUUAGUAAUAGCAUAGAUUUUGCACCUAAAAAUACUACUUAUGAAGUAAAAACAAAGAUCGACACUAUUGAAGAAGUUGUUGAAUGUUCAGAAUCCUAUAAAGAAAAGUCUUUAAGUGAAAAAGAAGAUGUUAUAAUACCUAAGCCCGUUUCACUUCAACGCACACCAAAAAUUAUACAAGAUGAGAUUGAUCCACGUUCGCCCACAUUUGGUGUUGACCGAACACCUAUAAUGUUCAACGAUGAUGACGAUGAAACUACCGAAAGCGUUCUGUUAGAAAGCAUAUUAGCAACACUUUCGCUUGACAUGAGUGAUAAUAGUAUUUGCUCAACUAGUUCAAAUAAUCAAAAGACUGUCGUGGAAGCAAACAAACCCGAUCGACAAGGUCAACUAUUUAGAAAAAUUACACAUAAACGUAUGCGCCGCACACGCGCUAAUGAAAAAAUUCCAUUACCCACACGCCGUAUUACAAAAGAAUUGCAAAUAUCGCCGCAACGUGUAGCAUCUGAAAAUUCGGAAAAUGGGCCUAUGAAUAUGAAAUCACUUAAAUUAAAACAAAAAGACUCUAAUGAAAAUGGCAUAAAGAGAACACCAUUUAGCUGCAUCAAAAAUAGCAAUGAAUUUCAUUCAAGAAUAACGGAAAAAAAUAAAAUGAUUAAAUCGCGCUUGGAAUACAACGAUGAGAGUAUAUCUAACAAAAUUCACAUCGACUCAUUGACCAAUUAGCUUUGUACUCAAAGGUUUAAGUAAUUCAU